AUGUCAGGCCUGGAGACGACAACAGGGAGCGGUGGCACCGCGGGGGUGACAGAUGGCUCAUCAGGGGGAGGGGGAAUUCCAAAAACACAAACUCAGCUCAAAAAAGUCAAGAAGCAAAAGGUCCUCCUCAUGGGCAAAAGCGGCUCCGGAAAAUCCAGUAUGAGAAGCAUCAUCUUCUCCAAUUACCUCGCCCGCGAUACCCGCCGAUUAGGCGCAACAAUAGACAUCGACCUCUCCCACGUCAAAUUCCUCGGCAACCUCACCCUCAACCUCUGGGACUGCGGCGGACAAGAAGCCUUUAUGGAAAACUACCUUUCCCAGCAGCGCGCCCACGUCUUCUCCAACGUCGGCGUCCUCAUCUACAUCUUCGACAUUGAAUCCCGAGACGUAGAGCGCGACCUCGCAACCUACGUCAACAUCAUCUCGGCACUGGUCCAAUACUCCCGCGAAGCCCAAAUCUUUGUCCUAAUCCACAAAAUGGACCUCAUCCCCCCCCAAAUGAGAGAAGAAGUCUUCGUCCAACGAGCCGCCGUCGUCCGGAAAAAAACCUCGGAGGCAGUCGCGAUAAUCAGAAAAGGCUCCCUCGCCCAACACUCCCCCUCCCCAACCACCCUCACCCCUACCCACCCAGCCGACGACCUCGAACCAGAAAUGCAGCUCUUUGCAACCUCCAUCUGGGACCAGUCCCUCUACAAGGCCUGGGCGUCCAUCAUCCACGACCUCGUCCCGAACCUGGCCGUCAUCGAAGCCCAGCUCGCCUCCCUCGGCGUCGCCAUCGAAGCCGACGAGAUCCUCCUGUUCGAGCGGACUUCGUUUCUUGUCGUGUCAAAGUGGGCCUCCCACGAGGGGAAUAAGAACCCCUAUGGCGACCGCUUCGAGCGCAUGUCGAAUAUCCUCAAGUCGUGGAAGCACACCUGCAGCAAGUUCACGGGCACGCCGCGCAACGCCGAGCAGUUCUCCGAGCUUGAGUACAAGAUGGGGAGCCACUUUAGCAUGUUUGUCACCAAGUUUACUGCCAACACGUACAUCUUGGUGUGCAUGCCGCCGGGGGAGGCGAGGUUCAACAGCGCAAAGUUGAAUGUGACGGCAGCAAGGUCGUGGUUCAGGUUUUUGGAUGGGCCAGGCCCGGGGGCGGCUGCUCCCGCUGCUGCUGCUCCCGCUGCUGCUGCUCCCGCUGCUGCUGCUCCCGCUGCUGCUGCUCCCGCUGCUGCUGCUCCCGCUGCUGCUGCUCCGGGCGGGGGGGCGGUACAGCAGAGUCCGUAUAGGGCUGUUGCGGGGAGUUAUUACCCAGGAGCGUGA